AUGGAUUUCCUGCAACGAGAGAUCCCAGCUAAUGCAAUGCCUCUCCAGGACCCGUUGAACAUGACCGUUCCAUACUAUCCCUCAGCGCCACCGGAACCCUCAGUAACUUACAACAUUACAAUAAACCAGGUGGUCAAUUCUACCGGUCAUAAUCUUUUCUACAUGAAUGGAUCGCCAUUCCAAGCCAACUACAACAACCCAAUCCUUCUACUUGCCAACGAGAAGAAUUAUUCAUAUCCUUACGACCCCCAAUGGAAUGUCAUCAACCUUGGGUCAAAUUCUUCAGUGCGCAUAAAUGUGUGGAAUAACAAUACUGUUCCUCAUCCAAUGCAUCUUCAUGGCCAUGAUAUGUGGAUCUUGAACGACGGCCUUGAACAGUGGGACGGAACUGUCGUCAAUCCCCAAAACCCUCAACGCAGAGAUACCCAGAAUCUAGCCCCGAAUGGUCACAUUGUCUUCCAAUACAAUCUUGACAACCCGGGAGUUUGGCUAUUCCAUUGCCACCUUGCGUGGCACUUGUCUUCGGGUUUAUCUGUGAGCUUGUUGGAGCGACCCAAGGAGAUCAACCAGUUUCAGAUUCCAUUUAUCAUGGCGCAGACGUGCGUGGAGUGGGAUAUAUACACAGCUUUCAACACUGUCGACCAAAUAGACAGUGGUGUAUAG